CAGCGGCGGAACUUCCAAAGUUUGAAUUGCACUCGCCGGUUUCGAAAAUUUGCCCAAUUUUUAAUCAAAAUGUCGAUUUUUAAUAGUUUUCCUCACUUGCCAGGACCAGAAGAGACUGCAUUUUGUAAAAUUAACGAGUCAUAUUGCUGCGGAAAUGUUCGUUAUGGAAGCAUUUCUACUUUCUCAAAUUCGAUCAAACAGCAUCCAAUAAUCAAUGUUACAAAAGAUUUACACCACCACAGGCUGUCGGAUGAAAACAUAACUAUGUAUAUCGAUGUCGAAGACAAUUUGCUGAAAAAAAUAACAAGUGUGUGGUAUAAACAAGGUUUUUUAGAAGCUUUGAGCGUUGCUGCCGAUACCAAUGUGAACCGAGAAAGCAAAGUGCUAGCUUUAACAGCGUCAUAUGCUUUGAAAGUGACGAAUUUGUUUACUACAUUACGAUACUUCAUGCAGCCGCAUUUGAAGGACAUAGGGCCUAAAAUCGUAUCGAAAUACUCAAGAACUAGAACCUGGAGUAGUUCACCUGUGAAGUGCCUUGCUUGGCAUCCGCAUACUACAAAAAUUGCUUUAGCAACAGCUGAUGAUAAUGUAAGAGUGUAUUGUUCCGAAGUUUCAUUUGUAUCUACCUUAAAAUGUAAGGCGCAAGGUCAUGUGUCGUCAUUAUGCUGGAGACCAUACUCAGCAUCUGAAAUAGCGGUUGGAUGUGAACAGGGUGUGAUUGUAUGGACUGUUGACCCAAAUUCCAUGUUCACAAAACCAUCUUCCAGUAAUGCAGUUGUUUUAAAGAGAUCUGGACACAGUCCAGUUACAGACGUGAGCUGGUCUCCAAAUGGCGAUCUCUUAGUCAGCUGUUGUGGAGCAGACACCUCUAUGCUAGUUUGGGACGUCAGUAUGGAAAUGGCUGUACCUUUGCGGAGAGUUGCAGGAGGUGGCAUUGUGUUUGCUAGAUGGUCUUUGAGUGCUAGUAAAAUAUUUGCUGCUACAUCUUCUAUUAUAUUCAGGGUGUGGGACACUCAAGCCUGGACCCCCGAGCGUUGGUGUGCCCGGGGCUGCCGGGUUGUAGCUGCUUGUUGGGGACCCAAAGAUAUGGUGCUGUUUGCUGCUAAAGGAGAACCUAUUGUCUAUGCCUUGAGCAAUACUGGCUUGAUGAAUGGAGCAAAGUCAACCAAAGCACAACCAGUUCUUGACGUAACAAAAAUAGAACUACCCUCUGGAGAAGCGGUGGGAGGACCCAUACUGGAUAUGUGCUGGGACCCCACAGGCAGCUACCUGGCGAUACUGUAUGAAGAAACCCACCUCAUAUCUGUGUUCUGUACAACACAACUGAUGAUGCAGCUUAGUAUUACACCAUGUUGCUUCAUCAGUGGCAUAGACAACGAAGUGCCGUCAACCAUGGCCUUCCAACAGAACUUCACAGAGGGCGCUUGUCUGUCCAUCGCCUGGUCAAGCGGUAGGAUACAACACUUCCCCAUUAUAUACACUGACAGUUAUUGACGUAAUAUUACAGCAUGGCAACACUGAACAAUUUGAUUCUUUUUUCAAAAUAUAACUGGUUAACAUUAAUCAGUAGCAUUCCAGUUAAUUUUUUUUUUAUUGUGAUAGAUUGGACUGUCAAUAAUAACUAUCAAAAAAAAGACCACAGCAGUACUGUGCUGGAAGUAAUGUGAAUCCGGAUUGGUUAGUUAUUAUAUUAUAUUUUAAGAAGUAUCAAACAAUUUUUGUAAUGUAUCAAUGGUAUUUGUUGUAAAAAGUUUAUCUUGAAAAUAUAUUUUUUAUUUAUAUGUU